CAAGCUCAGUAGCCAGCCAGUCCCCGCGACAGACGCUCGUCCGUCAGACGACAUCCACUCUUUAAAAUUACGCGACGAAAAAAUCAACAAAUGUUCUUGUGAUGACAGUGUUUUCUCUGCUUAAAUGUGAUGUGAUAAAAACUUUUCCUGAACUUUGUGAGGAUGUUUGUCUUAGCAGUUCUCAGCCUUCUUAUACAAGAAUCGUUACCGCUCCGGAUGGUGCGCGUGUCGGUGCCGGCGUACCGCGUGCGCGGGCAGCCGGCGCAGCUGGACUGCGACUACGACCUGGGCGACGACGCGCUCUACUCCGUCAAGUGGUACCGCGACAACGAGGAGUUCUACCGCUACAUGCCCAAGUUCGACCCGCCCAAGCACGCCUAUAAGAUUGAGGGGAUCAAAGUAGAUGUAGCUAAAUCUGAUGACCGAAAAGUGAUCCUACAUCAAGUGAUGCUGAAGACCUCGGGGCUGUACCGGUGCGAAGUGUCUGCAGAAGCACCAAGCUUCUCCUCGGCUGCUGGAGAAGGAAAACUAGAGGUUAUUUAUUUACCAAGGGAGGGACCUAAAAUAACUGGAAAUGAACAAGAGAACAGAAGAGGGCAUUCAAUAUUUCUAAACUGCACGUCGGGGAGGUCAUACCCAGCAGCCGUGCUCAGUUGGGACAUCGAUGGGGAAAAGGUAACAGACCCGGAGCUCCUAGUGGAGUAUCCCCCGACGCUGCACGCGCACGGGCUGAUGUCGUCGGCGCUGGGUCUGCGGGUGCCGGUGGGGAGAACUAUGCAGGUGCGGUGCACGGCGCGGGUCGCGCCCGCCUGGAGGGAGGGCAGCGAAGCUGUUGUUGGGAACAGCCAGCUGGCGGAUAGCAAGGAGGCCAUGUUGCUCGUAAAGAGCUCAAGCGACGUGUCAUCACCGAGCGUAAUCCUGUUAACACUAGCCCUGGGCCUGCUCAUCGCGCCGACGAAAUCCGGGACGUGAUAAAUUAUCUCCGGUCUUAUAUUAACAAACGCGAUUUAGGCGAAACACUUCGAUAUUACUCCCAGAAUAGACUGAGAGCCUCAAUGUAAGAAAACUACGACGUCAUAUGUUAUUUUGUAAGUAGGUAGUGACUGAAAAUAUUGGAAAUAAGAAGAAUUUUAAAAAUUACUUCAUGUUCGUAAUUAUAUAGGGGCACGGUAGUGCCCCCGCCAAGACGAGCCUUAAAUAUUUUUUCCUAACGAAUUAGACUGGAUUAUUACUUUUUGUUGAAAAAUUGAGCGGCGUUCAAAGUUCAAACUAUAAAAUAUCACUUGAUUCGACAUAACUCGUAGUGUAUGCGGUAACCUAUAGAUGUUUCGAUUUUUUUUAUCCUUUACGCGAUCUUUAGCGGUUCGUCAAAAUGUAAUAAGUCAUAUGUUUUGUUUUACACAUUCCACAUGUAUGGAAUACCGAUAAUUUAUUUUACGACAAUGCCAUUUUACCGAAAUUGUACACGCAGAAGAACCAUUUCCAACUUAAACCUUUGACGAACUGCAUGCUGCCAGAAAAAUGGGUUAAGGUAGAUAAUAGUCGCAAAGACUUUGCAAAGACAAAGUUAUUUCAAUAAAAUGUUAGGACAUAUCAAAAUAGUAAAUCUUCACAGUUAUAACUAUCUCUUCUUCUUUAUCUUCGCCUCAUCCCGUUACACGGAGUCGGCUUUCCUAAUCUUGAGACGCCACUUACAGUCUGUAUCUUUAGGUAUUUAAAAAAAGGUAAACAUAAUCUACCCUCAAAUGGCUUCUUAAGGCAGUUGAGGGUAGAUGAAAACAUUACAUGAUCAAAUAAUGUAGGUUUAAAGUCAGGUCGUUCAGUGACAGAUCCAGGCGGUUUUAUAUUUGGUUGGUUAACCAUUGAAUAUUAAAACUACCUAACU